AGCCUGGAAGAUCAUGGUCCGCAGUUUGUACACCUCCAAGGCCCGCUGGCUGCCAGUGCGGUAUCCAGCACCAGACAUCAGGAAGAUCAGAAUGGAGUUGUUUGAAGUAUAGUCCGGGUGAGUCCCAGGCCGACUGCUCUGAGAGGAUCUCCCCACACUUCCCUAGGUGUUGUGAGUGGUUGGAAGAGAGGCGGCAGGGUCAGGGGUACCCUACGGGAGAGAGGGAGGGUCCUGGUGGGGUGUCAGUGUUGUGGAGGGGCCUGAGGGCCUAGGAAGGGGUUCAUGGACACAGGAGAUAUGGAAGAAGGACCACCUCCCACUGCCAGGAAAUAGGAGUCCAUUCUCUUUCCCCUUUCUAGGGUGUAUUAGGGGCCUCUGUGCCCCAUCCUGGCUCCCCACGUGCCCCAGCCCAGGUUGUGGGGAGGGAGAAUCCUCUGGUCCACCUGAUUAGAGGCCCUGACUGGUGUGUAGCCCCCCACCAAGUCACUGUCACCGUUUGCCCACUCAGAAGGCACUCGUCCUUCUGUCCUUCUACCUGUCCAUCAAACAGUCAUUCAUCCAGCAGUCAUUGACUGCCCUCUGUUGGCCAGGCCCUGCCCAGGGAAUGCCCUGGUGAGCAAGACAGGCCAGCCCUGUCAGACCUAGGGGUCAGACCGGCAGGAGAAACAGGCAGCUAAGUGAGGGAACUGCAUAUUUUCCAGGGGCUGCCUUGGACUGUUCCUGUGCUGUGAGCUAGUAGGGUGCAGUCUUGGGGUGCCCCAGACCCUCCCAGGGCUCCCCAUCACCCACAGUCCCUGGGUGCGAUCUCAACUAGUGACUAACAGCCUUCUCCAUUCAAAGAUCAGGUCUUUAGACUGAAGACCCCUCACGACUCCCAAGUCAGAGGGCUCCGAACUUGGCUGGUUUAUUUGCAUUUCAUUUGCAUGUCCAUCCCUGCACUUCCCACCUAGAGAACGCCCACACCCCCUGGGCCACCAGGGGGCGCAAGAGGCAAACCCUUGGUCAGGCCUCGGAAGUGGUCAUUGUCCGCUUUCCUGGCCGGUCCUGGUAGGUGCAUUGUGAUCCUCUAUCCUUUUUCACCCCAUACGCCCUCGCUCCCAUUUUUCAGAGAGUGAACUAAGAUUCCAUGAGGCAGGAUUACCCAGCAGGACCUUGCACCUGCCCCCAUGUGCUCCUGGGCUGUUCUGGCAGCCUCCCUUCCUUGCCAGGGUGGAGGUGUGGGCACUCCCAGACCUGACUCAGUAGGAUCUGCUCCCAGGAGAGCCCCAGAGACAGGAGGUGGGGGAAGCUUGGAGAGAGGCAAUGAGCUCCCUUGUGCCAUGGGGCGUUCAAGCUGGAGCCUAGCACCCAUGAGGGUGGGGAUGACCUGGAAGGGAUCUUGUGGACCACCCCAGCCUCUUUCAAAUCUGUGGAUGGGGUAAAAGGAGGCCCAAGAGGGCAGUGACUUGCCCCCAGUUGGUCCACAGUGGUCAAAAUGGGAAUCAGACUUCACUUUUGGCUUUUUGUCCUUAGCCCAAAUCUAAGUUCUGGCUUUUAUUUCAGGCCUGCUGUACACUCCCAGAGGGGUACUACCGCUGGGAAACCCCUUCCUAGCCCUGCCACAUCCCCCAGAAAGGUCUCUGAAUGCCUCCAGCUUGGUCCCCAUGCCCCGCCAUCACUCAGACCCUCUCCGGGGCUCUCCAGUUCUUCAAGAAACCCUCAGAGAUACCCCUUUGGUGCCACUACACAUGAGGCAGAGGAGCCUCCAAUAUGGGGGAGACAGAGUCAGACACACACAUCUCCAACCCCCUGGGUCAGUGCUGGGCUGGAAGGAGGGAUGGGGGUAGAGAAGCCCCAAAUGGGAGGAGGGGGCUUUGAAGGUGGGCCUUGAAAUGAUUCUAGCCUCCAGGAGGAGGGGCUGCUGUUUGCCCCACUUUCACAUGAGCAAACAGGCUCACAGUGGUGCAGUGACCAGCUUGAGGUCAUGCAGUGAGUGGGAACCAGAGCUAGGAUGGGGACCCAGGCUCUCCAACCCUGAGGCCCUGCCUGCCGGACCACACUGCACUUGCCAUGAAGCCUCCGUCAAAGCCUUCCCCUUCUGAUACUGUGGGAAAGGAUCUGGAGGACGGGGACUUGGGAGAAGCAGCUUUUCCACCUCCUUACCUUCGCACUCCUGCCUCCACCCACCCCCAACUACCCCAUCCUCUAGGCCCCCUUCCCAGAUCCCCUUCUGUGGCCCUUUCCACUCUCUUCUCCCCUGCCCCCCAACCCUCCCUUCUACUCUCCAGCCUCUUACUCUAGCAACUAAGGGUGUCCCCUCAACUGAAAAGACCGAGGUGGAGACUUUGCCCUGAUGGGGGAUGAAGGUUCACAUGGGGUGACAUAACCAUUGAAGGGGGAGGGUAUAGGACAGGAAUUGGGGUAGAGACAAAAAAGAGGGGCUGUUAUAGGAAACAGAGUGCAAAUGAUAGAAGAUGGAACUGGCCAGAAUGGGAAAGAGGCAUGGAGUAUGAGUGGGGGCGGGGACGGAGUGGCAGGAACAAGGGAGGGAGCCCUAGUGGUGGGAAAGGGCAGGGAGGAGGAUGCGUGGGGGGCAGGCCCAGCCAGCUCAGAUCAGGCAGACCCUUCCCUACACACCCUGGCUGCUCCCAGAGCUUCUCCAGCUGCUGCCCUCACGUAACCAGAGCCUGCCUGUUGCAUCAGAGACGGGCGGGCAGCCACGGGUAAACAGAGCAGCCCUCGGGGGGCCCGGGGCUCCCCAGCCACCUCCACGCUCCCCAAGCCUCAUUCUGUGCCUUGGAGCCAAGGCAGACACCCCCAUCCUAGUCUGGCUUCUGGUGUGUCCUUGGGACACCAGAGGUUUGGUGUUGGGCACUGAGGGGCAGCGCAGUGGGGUCAGAGGCAGGACCCCUGGACCUUCUUAUGACAGCGUGAACCCUAGCAUAUGUCCAAAGAUGAAAGCUUUGCCCAGACUAGGGAUCCAAACUGCCCAUGUCACAGAUGGGUAGAUUGAGGUUUGAGGAGAGGCCUCCCAGAACCCCAGUUCCCUGCCUCAGUGUCCCCCACACAUUGAUAUCUCUACAUGUUCCCCACAGAAUCCAAGAGUCUAGUCAUCCCCUGUUGUCUUCCAAGAAGGUGGAAAACAGACAGCCAUUGCAACCCACUUGAUCUCCCAUUUUAUCUGCCCCAAACUGACCCCCUCCUCUCUUUCUCCGAGCCUCCCUUCAAGUGCCCAGCCCAAUCUACUUCUGCCCACUUCUCUGGCUUCAUCUGCCUCGUCUCCUCCACCAAAAAAUGCUCCGCACUCUGCCUCCGCACCUUUGCGAGUGCUGUUGCCUCUUGGAAAACCCUUCUCCCAGUGGCAAACUCCUGUUCAUGCCGCAAAGCCCAGUAAAAUGCCCCCUCUUCUGGGAAGCCCUCCCCAACCCUUCUAGCCCAGUCCUGACUCCCCAGAGCCAGGGCAGUGUGUGGCAGCUCUGUCUUCGCCAGGCUAGGAGUUUCUCCUGGCUUACACAAUCCAAAAAUCAUCUUCAUUCUGUAAUUCUUUUCACAUUGAUUCACUCACUAAUUCUGCUCUGAUUUCCCCUCUGGGCCUAGACGUGUGCUGGGUGGUGCUGGGAUCCCAUGGAGGGAGUGGAUGCAGAGGUCUCGGCUGGAGUCUAGUUCUGGAAGCCAGUCCCCCUACACACAGCUGACCUUUAAACUGGAGGACGGCGCCUAGAAGCCGAGGGGUCUGUUGCCUUCCUGUCAAGACACAUAUCUAGCUACAGGAGGCACACAGGAGCUAGAUGUGAGGCACACAUCUAGCUACAGGAGGCACAGAUGAGCGAGCCCGCACAGGUGAUCCCAGAGCCAGCUUUCUGCAAUCCCUCCAUUUGGGCGAGAGCAAAGAUCAAUGUUAGCUUCGAGAAGGGCUCCGUCUCUGGGGCCUUCAGGGUCUUGGGUCAGAGUUGUAUUUCACUCAGUUUAGAAUAAGUCUAGAGUUGGGGCUAGCCGUGGUCCAAAUUAGAGACAAGGUCCGAAUUAGCGCCAGGGUCACAGUAGUAAGGUCACAGGCGCCUAGUGAGGGUGGGGGAAGUCUGGCGGGUCUGAUCCAGCCCCCUCUCCGGUCUCCUUUCUUCAUUACACUCCCUCCCCAUUUCCGCGUCUUCCGGGGUCUGAAUCCGAGUGCCCAGAACUCCCGGGGCGGGGACGCGCCCAAGUGCCCGCCCAUCACGGCUCAUGAACGCGCCCUAUAUACAAAUGAUCCCCACCCCACCCAAUCAGCUCCCGAGGGGGCGGGGCCGCCCGUCCCGAAGGCACCUGUGGCCGCCCUGCGCUCCGAGCUCUGUGCUGCUGCUGCUGCCUGGCUGGUACUUGAGCGUCCAGAGGGCCCAGGCCCAGCAGGCCAAGUUCUCUCCACCAAGCCUGGGACAAUGGGGAGGAAAAAAAUCCAGAUCUCACGCAUUCUGGACCAAAGGAAUCGGCAGGUGACAUUUACCAAGCGGAAGUUUGGGCUGAUGAAGAAGGCCUAUGAGCUGAGCGUGCUCUGCGACUGCGAAAUCGCCCUCAUCAUCUUCAACAGCGCCAAUCGCCUCUUCCAGUAUGCCAGCACAGACAUGGACCGCGUGCUCCUGAAGUACACGGAGUACAGUGAGCCCCACGAGAGCCGCACCAACACCGAUAUCCUCGAGACACUGAAGCGGAGAGGUGUGGGCCUCGAUGGACCAGAGCUGGAGCCAGAUGAGGGGCCUGAGGGGCCAGGAGAGAAGGUGCGGAGGUUGGCAGGUGAUGGGGGUGACCCAGCCUUGCCCCGGCCCCGGCUCUAUCCAGCAGCCCCUACUAUGCCCAGCCCGGACAUGGUAUAUGGGGCCCUGCCCCCACCAGGCUGUGACCCCAGUGGGCUUGGGGAGGCCCUGCCGGCCCAGAGCCGCCCAUCCCCUUUCCGGCCAGCAGCCCCCAAAGCUGGGCCCCCAGGCCUGGCACACCCUCUCUUCUCACCAAGCCACCUUGCCAACAAGACGCCACCACCCCUGUACCUGGCAGCAGAUGGGCGGAGGCCGGACCUGCCUGGUGGCCUGGCGGGGGCCCGAGGGGGACUGAGCACCUCAAGAGGCCUCUAUGGUAGCCUACAGAGUCCAUGCUCUGCCACAGCUCCGGGACCCCCACUGGGGAGUUUCCCCUUUCUCCCCGCAGGCCCCCCAGAAUAUAGCCUGGGAGACCCCCCGCCGCCCCCUGGCCUGCUGCAGCCCCCCACCCUGGCUCCCUGGCAGCACUCGAGGGGUGAUGGGCCCCCAGCCGCUCCUCCCCAGCCCAGUGGGGGUCGAAGCCUGGGUGAAGAGGGUCCCCCCACCCGCGGCGCCUCCCCGCCGACCCCCCCAGUCAACAUCAAGUCCGAGCGCCUCUCGCCAGCCCCCGGGGGCCCCGGCGACUUUCCCAAGACUUUCCCCUACCCCUUGCUCCUGUCCCGGCCCCUGGCAGAGCCCCUACGGCCAGGCCCCCCCCUGCGCCGGCUGCCCACUGCGGACGGCUGGGCCCGGUAGUGGACCCAGGGGUGGCACCGGUCCUUCUUCCCACGCGGGGCUGGGCUAGGGCACGUGGGGUCCUUUCCCCGCAUCCUUCUCCGCGUCCUUAGAGAAGACCCAGCAGUUACGACCCUCCGAAGUGAGGGCCUGGCGUUCGGAUCCACGGUUGGAGGUGGGGACGGAGGGGCUCCUUUCUCCCUUUCCUGUGUGUGUAUCCACCAAUAAAACACUUCUGGUGU